CAACUACCUCCCUCCCAUUUUCCUCUUUGAAUUUAUGCUACCAUCUCUUCUUUUCUUCAUCACUUCUUUUCUUCAUUACUUCUAUACUCCCAACUUCUUAUCCUAAGAUCUAUAUUAAUAAAUUAUUCCCAUAUUCCAUCAAAUUACAACAUUGUGAUUACUACUACAUUACCAAUAAUAAUAAUAAUAAUAAUAAUAAUAAUAACAAUAAAUAAUUUAUUCUUAAGAUGGCGGUGUACGCCGAGAAGGUGGAGGGAGCAAGGGCAGCAACAUCGACUAGGCCGUCAGCCGGGGCGGUGUACCGCAACAUUUACGCUAAAGAUGGCAUCACUGGUGUCCCUGAAGGCAUUGAGUCUCCUUGGGAUCUCUUUAGCAAAUCUGUGCAGAAAAAUCCCACUAAUAAUUUGCUGGGUUGUCGUAAAACCAUUGAUGGCAAGGCGGGUCCUUAUGAAUGGCUUAGUUAUAAAGAGGUGUAUGAUUCAGCACUUCAAAUCGGUUCAGCUAUUAGGAAAUGUGGAGUUAAUCCCGGAGCUCAAUGUGGAAUAUAUGGGUCCAACUGCCCCAAUUGGAUCAUUGCUAUGCAAGGUUGCAACGGUCAGGCCAUAUCCUAUGUACCAUUGUAUGAUUCCCUUGGUCCGAAUGCUGUGGAGUUCAUCAUUAACCAUGCUGAAGUCUCCUUAGUUUUUGUUCAAGAGAAAAAGAUACCAGCUAUACUGGCUUGCUUAUCAAAGUGUAACUAUCUAAAAACCAUUGUCAGCUUUGAGAAUAUCUCCAGCACACAAAGGAAGGAAGUUGAGGAAGCUGGUGUGUCUUGUUUCUCUUGGGAUGAAUUCUCUCAAUUGGGAACUAUGGAUUGUGAACUCCCUUCGAAACAAAAGACUGAUGUCUGCACUAUAAUGUACACAAGUGGCACAACGGGAGAACCAAAAGGGGUGAUUUUAACUAAUGCAGCUUUCACAUCAGAGGUCCAUUCAGUAGAAUACCUGUUUUCAAAGACAGACAAAUCUGCAACCCCAGAAGAUGUAUACUUUUCAUUUCUUCCCUUGGCACAUAUAUUUGAUCAGAUUGUAGAAACAUAUUGUAUUGCUAAAGGCACCUCAAUAGGAUUCUGGCAAGGAGAUGUGAGAUAUUUGAUUGAGGAUCUCCAGGAAUUGAAGCCAACUAUGUUUUGCGGGGUUCCCAGGGUUUAUGAACGUUUAUAUACUGGUGUUGUGGAUAAAAUUUCAUCCAGUGGUUCUCUCAGGAAGAGCUUGUUUGACUAUGCCUAUAACUAUAAACUGCGGAAUCUGGAGAAGGGAUUACGCCAAGAUGAAGCUGCACCUCUUUUGGACAAGCUUAUUUUCAGUAAAAUCAAGCAAAGCUUUGGAGGACGAGUCCGUAUUAUGAUAUCUGGAGGAGCGCCUUUGCCACAUCAUGUUGAAGAAUUUUUGAGGGUUACUUGUUGCUGUGUGGUAGUACAAGGUUAUGGCCUCACUGAAAGCUGCGGAGGAUGUUUCACAUCAAUAGCCAAUGUGUAUCCAAUGAUAGGCACCGUGGGAAUCCCCUCGACUGCCAUAGAAGCGAGACUGGAAUCAGUUCCAGAGAUGGAAUAUGAUGCACUUUCAAGUACACCACGCGGAGAAAUCUGUUUGAGGGGGAAUAUAUUGUUUUCUGGUUAUCAUAAGAGGCAAGAUCUAACUGAAGAAGUUCUUAUAGAUGGGUGGUUUCACACAGGUGACAUUGGUGAAUGGCAGACUGAUGGAUCUUUGAAAGUGAUAGAUAGGAAGAAGAACAUCUUUAAGUUGUCUCAAGGUGAAUAUGUAGCGGUGGAGAACCUUGAAAGCAUAUACUCACGGUGUAACCUUAUAGCAUCUAUUUGGGUUUACGGGAAUAGUUUUGAAUCAUUUCUCGUGGCUGUUGUUGUUCCUGAGAGAAAGGCACUCGAAGACUGGGCAGCUAAUAAUAACGAGACUGGGGACUUUGAAACACUCUGCAAAAGUGCCAAGGCUAAGAAAUAUUUCUUAGAAGAGCUCAACAGCACUGGUCAGAAAUAUAAACUUCGAGGUUUUGAGAUGCUAAAAGCAGUUUUCCUCGAACCAAUUCCUUUUGAUCUUGAGCGGGAUUUGAUGACUCCAACCUUCAAAUUGAAAAGGCCUCAGUUGCUCAAAUACUACAAGGAAAUAGUCAAUAAGAUGUACAGUGAAGCAAAGGGACCAAAGGCAUGAGACGAGGUACCAAAUUUGAUUGAAAUGUGCAAUGGAAUACGAAGAUAUGGGACUUCCAUAGAACCAAAUUAUAUUUAUACGAGUAUAUUUUAUAUUACUAUAUCAAUAUGUUAUAUAGAUAUGCCCAGAAUGUGUUAUUUUUCUCGUGUUUCUAGUUUAUGUAACAUAAAAAGAGUAAUGUAUGUUCAUCAAAUACAAGCUGGUUUUGGCUACCAUUUCUGUAGAAUUAUAAAUUAUACUCUACGUACUUCGUAUUUGGGUGGUGUUAUUUAUUUUAGGGUGUUUAGUCCA